ACUGUGGGCUCGGGCAGCGGGGUAGAGCCCGGGCGGCUAAGGGGAGAGCUCAUGGAAAGAGGACGCUCGGCAGAUUAACCCCGCGAUGGCUGCUCAGUCGAGCUUGUGCAAUGAGGACAGAAACUUGCUGCGUAUUCGAGAGAGAGAGAGACGGAGUCAGGAGGUUCUAGAGAAGAAAGACCAGUUCUCAAAGAAGACUCCCCUCUUUGCAGAACCCUACAAGACUAAUAAAGAAGAUGAGUUGUCAAGCCGAAUUCAGAACAUGCUGGGCAAUUAUGAGGAGGUCAAGGAGUUCAUGAGCAACAAAUCCUGUCAGAAUCUCAUAGGAAUUCCAAAAAGUGUUGCUCCUCUGAUCCCACCAGGACAACCUGAUUGCCCAUACUUUCCUGGAAAGACCAGCCAUACAUUACCAUCUUCAUUCCAGCACCUGCCCAGCCAUCCACCCGUGGGACCUAUGGUUAUAGCACCUCGUCCUCCAAACCACUCCAUUCACUACCAAAAGGCACAAUCAGGAACACAACUGGCUUCAGGUUUUCACACCAAGAGUCACAGCUUAUCAAACAGUGGGAGCCAAGGUCAAGGAUGCAAUCGGGGUGGCCGGGAAAGUCAGGCAGGUUUUCAGCACAGUCAGAAUGACAAGCCUGGGGAUGGUGAAGGUCAUGCUCAUGAACUGCAGGCCUCCCCUUUGCCACUUUCCCCAUUACUGCCAUGUUUGUUGUCUUCUCCAGUGGCACCCCUGUCACCUCUACAUUCCAGCCAGCAUAUCAAUUCCAGGUCACAGAACAGCAGCAAAAGUCAUGGGCCGACCUACAGUCAAACCAAAUCAUUUCAGGACCUAGUGACAGGAUCACAGGAGAAGGAAAGUCAGGACAGCUCAGCUGUUAGCUUGACCAGCACCACUCAGCCUUCCUCUCAGACUUUUCCACCAUCUUUGACAUCAAAAGCCAGUGCAAUGCAGCAGAAACCAACUGCCUAUGUCAGACCCAUGGAUGGCCAAGAUCAGGCACCAUUUGAAUCCCUGGAACUCAAACCUCUCAUGGAGGAAUACCAUGAAGGACCUAAUGAAGAUCUCUUGGAUUUGAAGGCAAAAGUCAUAGCUGAAUUAUCCAAAUUGGAAACCCCUUCUGAGCCCAAGAAAGAACCCAAUGAAGAUAUCUCAGAUUUGAAGGCAAAAGCCAAAGCUGAACAAUCCAAAUUGGAGACCCCUUCAGAGCCCGUAGAGCAAACCAACUCCAUUGAUGUGCAGUCCAUUGAAGAGAUUUUGAGGGAAAUGACCCGCUCAUGGCCACCUCCCCUGACAGCUCCUAAUACGCCUACUAAAGCAGAGCCUUCCAAAUUUCCAUUCCCAGCAAAGGAAUUGCAGCCCGAGGGAUUUGUAGCACAGGAUCAGAAGCAGUAUGGCACAGCUUCAGGAACAUUGCCGAGUUCUCAGCCAAGAACGUUAAUGCUCCAGGACGACCUGCAGCUCAGUGAUAGUGAAGAGAGUGGUGACGACCAAGUUGUUGAAAAGUCACCAUCUUCACUUGCACCUCCAAGUUCCUUACAGUCUCAGCCCAAGAGUGUGGCAUCAGCACAUUCCAGCAGCUCGGAGUCAGGGAGCACCAGUGACUCAGAGAGCUCCUCAGACUCGGAGACAGAGAGCCACUCCAGUGACAGUGAAGUGAACGAGCCUCCAAGAGCACCAGCAUCUGAGCCCGAACCACUAACUUCUAAUAAGUGGCAGCUCGACAACUGGCUGACCAAGGUGAACCCGCCAGCAGAGAGUCUCAGUGAAAUUGCCUGUGGGGAUGGACAUGUGGAGGGCAAGAGGCAGGAGCCAGGCUUUAGUAGCAAUUCCUCCCAUAGGCAUGCUGAGCCAAGGGAGCCUCAUCACCAGAGCCAAGUGGCCAGGGCUCCUCGGGACACUCAUCUUCCAACAAAACACAACUGCCAGAAGCCUCCUGUGCAUGCUGAGGAGCCUUUGCCCAGACAGACUGUAGGUAUCAAAAGGCCCAGCAAGCCUGUGGUGCACGAGGGGUCCAAGAGAGGCCUGAAGGUGGAGAGUGACCCUGGUCCUUUGGAGGUCAGAGACCAGUCUUCCAAGGACAAACCGAAAGUCAAAAAAAUAGUCAAACCAGAAUCCACUGACAGAAAAUACCUGAAGGCAGCACCUCAUGAGCCCUUUGAGAAGAGAAAGCACAAGGGUUCCCACCAGGCCAGUGCCAAAUCCUUCUUGGACCCCAAGCUCACGGAAGAUGCCCAGACACUCGAUGCUCUCAUUCCCCUUCCUCAAGGCCAUGGCACAACCCCCAUCAGGACCAGCAGCUACAGGCCUCAGGAUUUGCACAAGGAGAAAAUGCCUUUGCCUCUUGGGGUGAAGUUGCUCUCACCAGUGAGGGACCCCCCAACCGGUGACCGCCUUGUGGUGAAAAUAGAUCUCCGUCACCUGGCGAAAAUCCCUCAGCCCCACAGGAAAGACCGACACCAAAAGAGAACAGAGACCAAGGGCCUCCCUGGUUCAAAGAAGCAGGACUUGAAAAGGAAAACCACAGAUGCUCCUGAGGAGUCCCUUCAAAAGAGGAAGAGGGAAGAAAAAGAGGAGACUGAUAGGAAGAAAAAGAAAUCAGAAAAAGAAACAAAAUCAUUGCAGUCUUCAGCUAACAAAGACUCCAGUAAAGUGAAAGCACCAAAAACUUCAUUUGAAACCCAGAAGAAAGACGUGUUGCCCCCACCACUGCCACCCACAUCUACUGCACAUCCUGCACCAAAGUCAACCAAGAUGGCACAAAAGAGACCCAGAACUGAGACUGAUGAUCUGCCUACUGUGGAUAACCCUGCUAGGAACAAGAGCAACCACAAGGAUCCUCUGUCUGCCAAGCACAGGAAAGUGGAAGGAAAUCAUAUGGAACUGUCGAAGGGCAUCAAAGGAUCUGCAAGGGACGACAAAAAGCCUUUCCCAGUGCCUUUUUUGCCAAAUGGUACCUCCAAGCCAAGAAGACCUCAACUCAAGUUUGAAAAACAGCAUUCAAAGGAAUACUACUUCGAACAGGCCCAGAGGCUGAAGCACCAAGCUGAUGCAAUGACUGACAAGACUGGAAAGGCCUUUCAGUACUUAGAGGCUGCACUGUUGUUCAUCGAAUAUGGAGUUGCCUUGGAAUCAGAUGCACUAGAGCCAAAGUCAGCCUACAGCAUACUCAACGACACCAUAGUUCUCAUCAAAUUCAUUAUGACGUUGAAACCGUUUGCAGACUCCUCAGUCUCUCCACAUGGAAAAAUCUUUGCUGUAUUACGCAUGCGCUGCCAGUCCAUUCUACACAUGUCAAUGUUUGUUUACAAAAAAGACACUGCAAUGAGGUAUUCCAGACUCCUGAAUGACCACUUCAAGAGUAAUUUCAGAGUAAUACAAGCGCCUUCUCCAGGUGUUGCAAGAAGCACAGGCUUGCCUUCUCCUCUUUCUCCAAUACCCUCUCCUGCUGGUUCUGUGAGCUCUCAGCCAGGAUCAAAUGAUAGCAACAGCACUGGCCACAACGGCGUUGGCAACGGUGUUGGCUCUACAGUCACUGUCUCCUCUCAUAUCUCAAGCGUCACCUCUUCCUAUGUCAACAUCACUUCCUACAUCCUCCAUGCCUAUGAAAUUUGGGAAAAGGCUGACACACUGGCCAGAAAAAAUAAGGAGUUUUUUUCUGAACUCAGCAAAGCGACCUGUGCUCUGGCACUGACCAGUAGCCUGACUGACCUGGUACACUACAUCAGACAGGGAUUACAGUGGCUGAGACUGGAAGCAAAUAUGCCUUAACUGGUUCUCCAGGUGGUUAAAUACCUUGAAGUUUGUUGCACUUUUGAAGCCUCAGAAACAGUUUAAUUUUUUGUUUUUUAAUGUUCUAUACAAGCACCUGCAAAGGAAAAUAUUUUAAAUAAAGUUGGAAGUUAUCUGGUUACACUGGAAAA